GUAUAGCAGAGAUGGAGAAGAUCUAGAACAAACCAUGGACUUUCCUCAACAUUUCAGAUGUCCCAUUUCCAAGGAGCUCAUGAAAGACCCUGUCACCAUCUCAACAGGAGUCACUUAUGAACGCAAGAGCAUAGAGAAAUGGUUCUUCACCUACAACAAGAAGAAUUGCCCGGCCACGAUGCAAACCAUUGAUAAUUUGGAGUUGAUCACUCCAAACCACACCCUCAAGAGGCUCAUCCUUUCAUGGCAAAGUGGCGGUUCACAGUCUUUUCCAUCAACCAAGCACGAUGAGAUAGUGUCCCUACUCGACACCAUCGACUCCACACCAUUCAAGGUUAGUUCUUUAAAGAAACUCCGAUCCAUUAUCGAAUUAAACGACGAUAUUGUGAAAGCUGAUUUUAAACAAUCUAAAGGGGUUGAAAAACUUGUUCUAAUAGUUGUCCAAGUUUUAGUCGAGAGCUCGGAUUUCAAUAGUUUUAGAGCUUGUGAGGAGGCUCUAGGUGUUCUACACCAACUCUCAAUAUUGUGGGAAGAAGAGGAAGGAAAUAUUAUCCAAUUGUUGUCGAAGCAGGAGUGCGUGAAGUCCAUGGCAAUCAUGCUUCAAAGAGGAAGUGCUUCGGUUCGAUUUCACACUAUUUUAAUACUCCAAAAGAUGGGCAAAGCUGGUUAUGAUUGGGACUUUGUGGCACAUGAUCAAGGUAUAGAUUUGUUCAAGUCGUUGCUAGAGCUUGUUUCUGAUGAGAUGUGUACUAAAGCAAGUUCAUGUGCCUUGGAAGUUUUGAUAGAGAUACUAAGUUCUUCGAAGAAGAAUCGAGUGAAGGCCAUUGAAGCCGGUGCCAUUUGUGUCCUUGUUGAGCUGCUUCCGGAUUCAAAUCAAUCCAAAUGUGAGAAAAUAAUGCUUUUAAUCAAAUUAUUAUGCGAAUGCGCGGAUGGUAGGUUGGCCUUUAUCGAGCAUGGGCUAGGGAUUGCUGCCAUAUCAAAGAAAAUGUUACGAGUGUCAAAUGUUGUAACAAAGAUUGGACUGAAGAUAUUAUGGUUGAUUUGUAGUUUUUGCCCCACGGAGAGGGUGUUGGAAGAAAUGCUUGUUUUUGGGUCGGUCAAGAAACUUGUUGCAGUGUUGCAUAUGGAUGGCAGGUCAUCAACAAAGGAGAAAGUGGUGAAGAUCUUCAGAUUGCAUGGGAAUUCAUGGAGGAGGUACCCUUGUUUUCCUCCCGAGUUAAUGGAUUAUUUGGGUUUAGUGAAUGGUUAAAUGAAAAGAAAAGAGAGAAAAGAAAAAAAAAAAAAAAAAAAAACUAAACUUAUUGGAUAUUUACAGGUUUGAUGUAGUAUGCAGCGCGCUUUUCUUAUUUACGGUUUGAUGUAGUAUGACUAUUUGUGUUUUAUGUAUGAAUCUAUAAAUGUUACGGUCUAUUCUAAAGAAUCAAAUAAUAUAAUUGUAUAUUCAAAAUCCAA